AUGUCUGCCCUCCGUGUGGCCGCGCGCCGUCUGCCUCGCGCUUCCAAAUUUGUUGCUGCGCUUGAGUCACCAGUACAGCGCCGAUUCGCAACCACAUCCACUGCCCCCCAGGAUUUGAACACCCGGUCUAAGGCGCAGACGACUCUUCCCAACCCCGACCCUUCCGCCGACUCGGUCACCGCGUCCUUUAUCAAUGAGCGUGCGCCGUUCAUGGUCCCAACUUAUGUCCGCCCAGCUCCAAUGAUGAUGAAGGGACAGGGCUGUUAUUUGUGGGAUAUGGAGAACAGACGGUAUCUGGACUUGACGGCCGGAAUUGCGGUCAACUCUCUUGGCCACUGUGACCCGGAGAUCGCGAAAAUUAUUGCGGAGCAGGCUGAGACCCUCAUUCACGCCUCUAACCUUUACCACAACCCUUGGACCGGCGCCUUGAGCAAAUUGCUGAUUGAGCAGACUCACAAGUCCGGUGCUAUGCGCGAUGCCUCCCAGGUCUUCAUCUCCAACUCUGGAACCGAGGCCAACGAGGCUGCAAUCAAGUUCGCCCGCAAGACCGGACGCUCUUUGGACCCUUCGGGUGCUAAGCACGAGUUCGUCUCCUUCCACAACUCGUUCCACGGCCGCACAAUGGGCGCCCUCUCCGCCACCCCCAACCCCAAAUACCAGACUCCCUUCUCGCCCAUGAUCCCCGGAUUCAAGUACGGAGACUACAACCAGAUCGAGCAGCUUCAGACCCUGAUCACUGAUAAGACUUGCGGUGUUAUCGUCGAGCCCAUCCAAGGUGAGGGCGGUGUCAACAUCGCUACUCCUGAGUUCCUUGCCGCUCUCCGCAAGCGCUGUGAUGAGACCGGUGCAGUCUUGAUCUUCGAUGAGAUCCAGUGCGGUCUCUCCCGUACAGGUUCUCUCUGGGCCCAUGCCCACCCCUCUCUCGCCCCUGCCUCUGGCGAGGCUGCUCACCCCGAUAUCCUGACUACCGCCAAGGCCCUUGGUAACGGUAUUCCCAUCGGUGCGACUAUUGUCUCUGGCAAGACCGUUGCCCACCACAUUAAGACCGGUGAUCACGGUACCACCUUCGGCGGUAACCCUCUGGCCUGCCGCGUCGCUCACCACAUCGUUGAGCGCCUCGCUGAGCCGGAGCUCCAGCAGUCCGUCAAGGACAAGUCUGAGCUCUUCAUUUCGGGCUUCAAGGCUUUGCAGGAGAAGUUCCCUACCGUGGUCUCCGAGAUCCGCGGUCGCGGCUUGAUCCUGGGUCUUCAGCUCACCCCAGAGUACACUGCUAAGGCUGGUGAUAUUAUCACUGCCGCCCGUGAGCGUGGCAUGCUGAUCAUCACUGCUGGUAACGGUUGCAUCCGAUUCGUCCCUGCCUUGACGAUCACUGAGGACCAGAUUCAGUCUGCUCUGCGGAUUCUGGAGCAGGCUGUGGACUCAGUCGUGGCCUAG